UCCCUCCUCCAGUAAUGGAAGACAACUCUGGAAUCUGGAAGAUACCUUCUCCUCCACGGCUUCUAUAUACCAAUCUCUUUUUCCUUCAUUUUCUGCUUCUGUGCAUUCGAGAAUCCAUAGGAGCUCCGGUGAUCGACGUCUAACCUGUAGUAUAGGUGUGCACGAUGGCUGAGGAGCAGCAAUUGAAGCUGGAUUUGGAGGAAUUGCGGCAUCUCCAGAGCAUCGCCAAGAGGCCUCGAGUCAUCUCCUUCCUCGCCUCCGAGAUCUGCGACCUAGACGCCAAGUUUGCGACGGUGACUGCUGCAGCUGCGGCAACACAGAGGGCUGAAGUCUCUGUGGAAAAGGCGCCUUUUGAUUCUGGUGCUGUCAACAGAAGCUAUGCCACUCUUGGAACGUUCAGCUGGGAUCAAGACAAUGACAAGAUAAAGAUUUAUAUAUCUAUUGAAGGUGCAGACCAAGAGAAAGUGGAUGCUGUUUUUAAGCCAAUGUCUGUUGACAUCAAAUUGCAUGAUAUUCAUGAGAAAAACUAUCGAUUUUAUAUUCCAAAAUUGAACAAAGAGAUAUUGCCUGACAAGUGUAAGUUGGUCGUCAAACCCACCAAGGUUAUUGUUACCCUUGUCAAAGUUUCCAAGGGAAACUGGCUGGACCUGCACUUUAAGGAAGACAAGCUUAAGCCAAAUCUUGGCCAAGAGAAAGAUCCGAUGGCAGGAAUUAUGGAUUUGAUGAAGAACAUCUAUGAAGAAGGCGAUGAUGAGAUGAAGCGGACGAUUGCCAAAGCCUGGUCUGAUACAAGAUCUGGAAAAACGGCUGAUCCACUAAAAAAUUACCCAUGAAAAUAGGAGCACGAGGAUGGUUUGAUCUUUAACCAUUCCAGCACAUCUUUGUUUAUUCAGCUGACAACAUGAACUUUGACUGUUGAACUCGUUUUAGCUUUUUCAUUGUGCUAUAAAUCGCCAGUUAACCUUUUCUAA